AGAAAUCAUUAAAUGUUAAUCACACCAUUUCCUUCGCGGCAAAGACAUUCCGUUUGAUCUUUUACCUAUUUAAUAAAUUACCAUUCAAAAAAGCAGAAGAAAAGAAAAACACCUUCCACUCCAACAUCCCGACAAACGGAUGUGUACAUUUCGUGGCCCCCGCCAAACCCCAUCACCCACUUCAUCAUAUACGCCAACUUUAAUCCUACGGCCGUCCUCGGAGGGCACCACCAGGCUUCCAUGGUCCGCGCAUCACCGGAACACUUCACCUUCCCCUCACCCAAAGCCAGAGACGCGUCAUUCCAGCUGGCUCUGCCUCAUUUGAUUCCUCUCUCUUCUCCGCUCCCUCACUCAACCCUCGUGGGCCCGCCCCUAAACUAUUCAUAAUAACAAAACCACCCAAGGUUUUCUAAUUCCUUAUCACCUCACGUCCCUUAUCCUCCCUCUUUUUACGCUCUUUGGACAAGGCUCAGAACUAGUCCCUUCACCAUGGGGCCAAAGCUCCUCUUCUCGAUCCUCCUCCUCCUGUGCAUUUUCGCGCGUUCCCCGGCGGCGUCCUUCGCCGGCGAUCUCCCCACGUUCCGAGAGGCUCCGGCAUUUCGAAACGGCAGGGAAUGUCCGAAAACGACAUGGUCCCCGCAGAGCAGGUCGCAUAAUCCUUCCAUCAUCCACAUCGCGAUGACUCUAGACAUCACCUACCUCCGGGGCUCCGUCGCCGGCGUCCUCUCCGUCCUCCAGCACGCCUCGUGUCCCGAGAACAUCGUAUUCCACUUCUUGGCAUCUCAACGCCGGUCGGAGCUCCGGCGAACGAUCUUCAACACCUUCCCUUACCUCACAUUCCACCUCUACCACUUCGAUUCAAACAUCGUCAAAGGCAAGAUCUCUUUGUCAAUUCGUCGAGCACUUGACCAGCCCCUCAAUUACGCCAGAAUCUACCUCGCCGAUCUCCUCCCCGCCGGCGUCGGCCGGAUUAUCUACUUCGAUUCCGACCUCAUCGUCGUCGACGACGUCGCCAAGCUCUGGGAAAUCAAUCUCGGCAAACACGUCCUCGGCGCGCCUGUGUACUGUCACGCCAACUUCACCCACUAUUUCACCGGAAAAUUUUGGUCCAAUCCGGCGUUUUCCGCGUCGUUUCGCGGCCGCCGGCCGUGUUACUUCAACACAGGGGUCAUGGUGAUAGAUCUUGCGGGGUGGAGAGAGGGCAAGUACACACAAAAACUGGAGACGUGGAUGAGAAUCCAGAAGAAAUACAGAAUCUACGAGCUAGGUUCUUUGCCGCCGUUCUUGCUGGUGUUCGCCGGCGACGUGGAAGGGGUAGAGCACCGGUGGAACCAGCACGGGCUCGGCGGCGACAACCUGGAAGGCCUGUGCAGGGACCUUCAUCCAGGGCCGGUGAGUCUUCUUCACUGGAGUGGAAAGGGGAAGCCAUGGCUGAGACUGGACUCGAAGCGGCCAUGUCCCCUGGACAGCUUGUGGGCACCUUACGAUUUGUUCCGACACGCGUCGCUGAUUUCCGACAGCUGACGCACUGGAAAAAAACCCACUAGUGCUGUACUGCUGUCAUGGUUGAGCACGGAGACGGAGCUCUUGUCAUGGCGUCGGGUGCGAAAAGACGAAACAGGAUACAAGUGUACAAAUACGGUGACGUACGACGAGGGGUCUUUCGGACUGUUCGUCGGAUCCGGUAAGAGCAUAAAGCGAGGGUCGUUGAUGGAUGCGCGAUCGACGGCCCUGAUUUUGGUUGGGGACAUGGUUUUUAAUUUUUUGGGUGGAAAGAUUUUCUUGAAUGGGCAUAAAUGAAAUUGUCUCAUUUGGGCGUGUUGCAUUGUAUGAAUUGGUUGGUUAUUCUUUUGUUACAUUUCAUGCUUCAAACUUGGGUAUUUGAAUAAUGGGCGUUGGCUUGUAGAUAGCGAUAGCAUAUUAUGCCUCAUUAUGAAUGCGUGUUUUAUUUCAAAAAAAUAUGAAAUGAUUAUAAAAUAAUGGCAACUUGAAAGAA